UCUUUCGUUCUCGAGAGAGAGAUCGCCGUCAUGGGAGUGGGAUUCUUCCUGUGGCUGGUUCUAGCGAUGGUGGCGGUGGCGGUGGCGGCGGCCAGGCCACUGGACUUUUUCGCAGCCCACAAUCCAAUUCGCAUGCCCUCGAGCGAGGAAGUUGCGUCCGGGACGAGGUGGGCGCUGCUAGUUGCUGGAUCUUCCGGGUUUGGCAACUACAGGCACCAGGCGGAUGUUUGCCAUGCAUACCAGUUGCUGCGCAGCAAUGGUCUCAAGGAGGAAAACAUUGUGGUGAUGAUGUUCGACGACAUAGCCAACAACACGGACAAUCCUCGCCCGGGAACGAUCAUCAAUCAUCCCCAAGGAUCCGACGUUUAUGCCGGAGUUCCAAAGGAUUACACGGGCGCUGCCGUGACCGCCGAGAAUUUCCUGGCUGUUCUUCUCGGGGACAAGAAUUCCACCAGCGGCGGAACUGGCAAAGUCGUGAGCAGCGGGCCGGAAGAUCAUGUCUUUCUCUUCUACUCGGAUCACGGAGGCCCUGGAGUUCUCGGAAUGCCCGGAGAGUCGAAUCUCUACGCAAAUGAUCUCAUCGACGUCAUCAAGAAGAAGCACGCAUCCGGAGGCUACAGAGAAAUGGUGAUAUAUAUCGAGGCUUGCGAGAGUGGCAGCAUGGUCGAGGGAUUGCUUCCACUGGGACUGGGUCUUUACGUUACCACUGCUUCCAACGCGAUCGAGAGCAGCUGGGGAACUUACUGCCCUGGAAUGGUACCCUCGGCUCCUCCUGAGUAUGAUACUUGCUUGGGAGAUCUCUACAGCGUCGCUUGGAUGGAGGACAGCGAAGUUCACAAUCUCAAGAGGGAGACGCUACUUCAACAGUAUCUAGACGUGAAAGAUAGAACCUCGAAUCACAACACUUACGAGGCCGGAUCACACGUAAUGCAAUACGGCGACGUGGAGCUCAACUCUAACCCGCUUUCCAUGUUCUUGGGCUUUGAUCCCGCAAUCGCGGAUGGCAAUGGCGACUUGAUCAUCCCGAGCAGUGCCAAUGGUGUUAGCCAGCGUGAUGCGGAUUUGCUACACCUGUGGAGCAAGUAUCGCCGAGCCAAGGAUGGAAGUGACUCCAAACGAGAAGCUCGCGAGAGGAUGAUGAACGCCUUGGCUCACAGACAGCACGUCGACGAGAGCGUGGAUCGAGUUGGCGAGCGUCUGUUUGGCUCCAAGGCUGCGGCAUCCAAAGUUCUAAGCACCGUCCGGGGCUCCGGCCUCGCGCUCGUGGACGAUUGGACGUGCCUGAAAUCGCUGGUGCAAGCUUUCGAGACGAGCUGUGGUUUGCUGGGACAGUAUGGCAUGAAACACAUGAGAGCGUUUGCAAAUCUUUGCAACGAAGGAGUGGACGUACCUCGCAUGGCUGCUGCUAGCGCGGAGGCAUGCUCGAGUACCGCCCAAGCCCUGUAGAUUGUGUAAAAAGCUUCGCAUCGUUGUGCAUAUGAAAGAUCCUGUAUAUAAGAAACUAUAUUCAAUCGAUUACGAUGGAGUGUUUGCCA